AUGUCUUUUGAGAAUAAAAACUUAUACCAUUUAUUAGGUAACGAUGUUGAAGAUGAUUCAACUCCAAAGCUUCCAAUUAGAGAGGUAGUUAAGAACACCACCUCAUCCAAGAAGUCCGAUGUUCCACCACCAUCGGCUGACCCAGCUAAGGCUAAGAAGAAGUCCAAGGCUACCGGUAACGAAGGUGCUUUCAAGAACAAGCCAGAUAACAAGAAUGUCUCUGCUCCAUCCGCUACUCCAUCUAAACACUACAAGAAGCCAUUCGACCGUCACUCCAGAUCCAACAAGUCUGACGGUAAGAAAUUCAAGGAAGGCGAAAAGAGAGAAUUCGAAGCUGAAGUCGAUGCUGUCUCCGAUGCUGUCGAAGAACUCGAAACCGGUGAUGCCGCCGCUGUCGAUGAAGCUGACGCCACCCCAAAGCAAUCUUUAUCUGAUUACUUUGCUCAAUUACAAGCCAAGCAACAAGAGUUAGACGGUAAGAAGAACCUUAGACCAGCUAACGCUGGUAGCGAAGACAAAUGGACUGCCGCCGAAAAGAUCCAAAAGGAACAAGAAGCUUACUUUGCUCCAUCUGUUGCCAAGAAGGCCAAGGCCAAGGCCGCUAAGGAAAAGAAGUUCUUAGAUAUCGAAGCUUCCUUUGCUGACCAAACUGCCAACUCCAGACCAUCCGAAUCCAGAAGAGGUGGUAGCGAAAGAGGUGGUUUCAACAAGAGAGGUGGAAAGAGAGGUGGCGAAAGAGGUGGCUUCAACGGUAAGAAGCCAGCUCCUUCUUCUUCUGCUAAGAAGCCUGCUGUCAAUGACAAGAACUUCCCAUCAUUGUAA